CUGAGAAAGGGUGUUGUGUUCCGUUGGCGCUGCAGCAGCGGCGACGGCCGUGAAGAGAUCAAAAAGAAGAAAACAAAGAAAAGCACGAAAGUCUCGCAAUCUACCACUCCCGUCGUGGCUAGCUGAGGCGCCACGCGCUUUCGCUGCCUCCGUACGUCGCGCGUUCGCCACCGAGCCGGCUUGCAACUAGGGUGCUCGAAGAGAGUGCGGGGGAGUUUUUCGCUGAAGUAUUCCAGUCGAAAGUCGUCGCUCGGUCUUCUGGCUCCUUGGGUCGGAGUUGUUCUCUCCACCACGUUGUCGUCCAAGUACGCUGCGCUCCAUUUGACGGAUUAACGGAGCGGCGAGUGUGCCGUGGAUUUCGUUGCACCGAUCGGCCGGUGUUAUUUUCUUUCUGGGUGGUGUUGCUUUCUUUUUCCUACUUUGCAUCGCCCGGUAGUGCCGUGUUGACAGUGUGCUUCUCGAUCAGCGCUGGAGACUACGCUUCUACUGAAGUCUGUGGGUCGACAGUUAUCGAGCGACGGGACGUGCGCAGAGACGGCUUCACUCAGUGCCCAUUGAGCUGUCGACAUGCCCGACUCUAAGCCGGACGCCAACGCCAAGACGCCCAUGUUGGGCGGGGGUGGACCAGCGGGGGUCAUCCGGUUAACACAGCCGCCCCGGGGCAUAUGGGGCAAGAUAUCGGCAUGGAUGAAGGAGAACCUCCUGCUGGUGCUGACCAUACUGGGUGUCUUAUUGGGCCUCCUGCUGGGCUUCGUGGCGCGGCUGUUCACUUACGGCGAGGAUGUGAUCAUGCUCGUCUCCUUUCCGGGAGAGAUACUCAUGGGCAUGCUCAAAAUGCUCAUUCUGCCCCUCAUCAUAUCUUCCAUGAUAUCAGGGUUGUCGAUGCUCGACCCCAAGUCGAGCGGGAAGAUGGGCUCCCGGGCCCUGGUGUACUACUUCGCGACCACCAUCUUCGCCGCCAUCGUGGGCAUCAUCAUGGUGACCGUCAUCCACCCGGGCGACCCGUCCAUCAAGGAGGAGGUCGGCACCGGCACGGAACACAAGAAGGUCUCCACACUCGACGCAUUCCUCGACCUCGUCAGGAACAUGUUUCCUGAGAACCUCCUGCAGGCCUGCUUUCAACAAGUUGAGACGACGUAUGUAAAAGAGAAGCCAAAGCCACAUUUUAUCCACCCCGACGAAGUUUUUAAUGCCACCAACGCAAGCACCUACGUGCUGAAGCGGACACUGCAGUUCAAGGAUGGAACCAACGUACUCGGGCUCAUCGUCUUCUGUAUCGCCUUCGGCAUCAUAGCGGGCCAGAUGGGACCAGACGCAGAACUGAUGGUGCAGUUUUUUAGCAGCCUGAAUGAAAUCAUCAUGAAGAUCGUCUACCUGGUCAUGUGGUACUCGCCGUUCGGUAUCAUGUCACUGAUCAUCGGCAAGAUCAUGUCCAUCAAGGACUUGGCGCUGACGGCGCAGCAGCUAGGUCUCUACAUGUUGACCGUGAUCGCGGGCCUCCUCAUCCACGCCUGCAUCACUUUGCCGCUCAUAUACUUUCUCAUCACCCGGAAGAACCCAUUCACGUUCUUCAAGGGGAUGCUCCAGGCAUGGAUCACUGCGCUCGGCACAGCAUCGAGUGCGGCCACGCUUCCGGUGACAUUCCGGUGCCUGGAAGAGAACCUCCACAUCGACAAGCGAGUGACCCGGUUCGUGCUGCCCGUCGGCGCGACCGUGAACAUGGACGGCACGGCGCUUUACGAGGCCGUUGCCGCGCUCUUCAUUGCACAGAUGAACGGCAUCAACCUCUCCAUCGGCGAGGUCAUUGCCGUCAGUUUGACGGCCACGGCUGCCAGUAUUGGAGCAGCCAGCGUGCCCAGCGCAGGUCUCGUCACCAUGCUGCUGGUGCUGACGUCAGUGGGUCUGCCCACGGAGGACAUCUCCAUGAUCGUCGCCGUCGACUGGAUGCUAGACCGUAUUCGCACGUCCAUCAAUGUCCUCGGCGACGCCUUCGGCGCAGGGAUCGUGUAUCACCUGUCCAAGGGGGAGCUGGACAAGAUAGACGCCGAACACGCCCGGCUCGAGCUCGAAAUGGGCGAGGCGGGUCGCAAGGGGUCCUACAUGCGGCGACCCAGUGGCUUCGCGGCGCCGGGGUCUUCGGCGCCGCCGGACUACGGGGCGAACCCUGGAGGGCAAAACUUCGUCAGCGGCGAAGGAAACAGCGAAACGCAGAUCUAAAGGAGGCCACGGCUGAGGCCGAAACGCGGAACGGGCCAAGUUCGGGCCGACUUACACGCCUUCCUGUUCCCUCCUGGGCGCCCCGUUCGAAGCCGCCGUGACGUCACCCGAGAAGUGCACACGGAGGCAACUUACACCCUUGAAGUUUUUUUUUUUUUCCUCCUUUCCACGCGUGCUUUCAUUCUGCAACAAUAGGUGUCAUAAGAGAGUAUUUUACCGUAACGUUACCGAUCUAUCGUCACCGGAACCGCUUCCCGCCUCCCCUGAAAAUCCGCGCAUGCGGAAUUGGCAGCAGGCGGUGUCAGUAAGGAUAUAACGGUAACGCUAUGCUGAAACGUCCCUAACUUAGGUGCGUGCUUCUCAUCAAAACCCUGUGCAGCGCACGUUGCUUUUUUCUUGUAGAUAACUGUACGCUCGUGUAAGCGUUAUCAGAGGAAGGGACUCACGCAGUCACUCACAGGGUUGAAAGCGAGCACGUUAAUUAAUCAUGACAACUGCAUCUGUGCGGAGAAAGCUCGCCUCUAGAAGGGUAGGACUUCCGGGAGUGCACACUGCUGCGCUUUCGGGAAGACUCUGAACAACAACAAAAAAAAUACCCGGAUGACGUCCGAAGCGCUCGCAGAACUUGAGUUCUUGCUACACGCUACGCUCUGCGUACACUCGACGCUCGCCAUUUCUGCGGUCGCUCGAGAACACGACGCAGAUAGGCAUUCGUAGUGCUUCACCGUCGAAUACAGCCCGAAGUGACUUGUAGAAGUGUUGAAGGCGUUGAAAAAAAAUAGAGCCUUAUCCGGUUACGCCCAAUAGCGCGCAGGAAGAGCGGUGGUUAAAGGUGGCUACUUGCUUCACGGCACAACAGUCAAGAGAGCAAGCAGGACUUGCUACAAAAUUUCAUCCAAUACUUUAUAAGACACUCUAUGAAUUCAUAGUGAAUAUCUCUCUAACGUUUCUUUUUCCGCGCUACCCUUUGGGAAAUUGAGAAGUGACUGCCAUUUUCCGGCAAUAUUCAUUGGAGACAGUCUAAGGCCAGCGGCUGAAUUAAGUGGCGAAUUAGAUGGCGUAUUACCUUUGAUUGCCUUGUAUUUGUUUCAUCUGCUCAUCCCGCGACAAAAGAAAGCACACCAGAUGCCGAUAGGUCGAUCAUAAGCUUAGAAACCAAGUGAAAGUCGUCAUAUUGCAAAGGCUAGCUUUUGAAUGAAGCCGAUUACAUUUUCACCAUGAACAUGGCUUUAACGGUCAGUUUUUCGGCCACGGUGCCGUCUGAUUUUAAAUCAGUAACUUCGUCACCAUUUGUCCUGAAGUUUGCGAGAAAGAGGCACGGGAAGGUCCAACGGCAUGCCUGUAACAAGUGUCUGUCACUUCGGGCUUCAUAUUCUACGGAAAGCACGCGAGCAGAUCUGUGCUGAACUAACGUCAGCGGGUGAAUGUCAGCCCUUUCAUCAUUGCCGCUUCUUUUUGUGUCACCUUUUCCUUCCACUUCUUUUGUACGUAUUUACUUGUUCCGCACUCACCGAACCCAAAACACCAGCUGUCUCCCUUAUGCCAAGAUUCUACUGCAUCUAUGUCCUAAGUGGAUAUGCUUCAUCAUGGCUUAUACGCGCAUCAUCACAUUUUUUUCUCUAGAGAUUUAAAGCAAGCAGCUUACUUUGUCAAGGUGUUCCUCUGACUGACUUUUUCCUGCUGUCGUGGUGAACUCCACACCGCAGCAGCUUUUGUGCAGUUAGCUCCAUCAUGCAAAAUGAUGCCAUCGUACUCGUCUAGUACGAGCACAUGUCGGCGGUUUUCUUCAAGCUGCCUUCAUUUCGUCAAACUAUCUCCAUCUCUCCCCUGAACAGAGCUUCAGUUUCAGCUCGUUUUCGCACUGCUGUUGAUAAAUGUUCAGUGUCCAUCAAAUCGCCAUCCCAAGAGCAGGCGCACGCUAAGCCGAACUUCGUAUGCACAUCACAUGCCUUGUCACACUGCGGCAAGAUUGUAAGCGCCGUACCCUAGACUGGAUUCGAUUGGGCCACCUAGUUAUUGCGCCAUUCUCGAUAGCUGCGUGUCAAGAUAGCACUAAGGGAGGACACCAUCGCGUCAAUGUUGCGCUCCGUAGCGUCGUCGUUCGCGUUUGACUGAGUACAAGUUGACGACGCUGUGGUAAAGCAGUGUAUUUCAUCAUGUCUUUCGUGCUCCAAGACUCCCAUUAAAAGGCGUACUCUACGUCUUUCAGAGCUAAUCGCGGUACGCGAUCCGUUUUGCGCAUUCGUGCGGACAAGGUGUGCAUGUUUUGUCUUCAAAAACAUCCACGUUCACGCGAGAUUUCGUCUUGCGAAACCCGGUGAAACGGCGUGGAAUGCGCAGGGAUGCACAUUGUUUCCGUUUCGUUUUCCUUACAUCGUUUUAGGCCCGCACUAGUCGUGGGCCUCCUCUUUCCGGAGUUCCUCAAAAUAAAGAAGGUUCCGGAACCAAAAGCGUCCCAAACGGUGGCAGGGAAACUGGGCCCGUGCCCCCAAGGACCACGAACUGCCUCCACGCUAGAAACGGUUGCACUUGACAAAUCGCGAUCCCAGCGCUAUUUAUAGAACACCAUGGGGGCGUGGAGUGGUGGGGUCGGAGUUGCGAAACCAAUCGCCAGCAGCGAAGCAAAAACGUAAUGGCCGGAAUUCGUACGUUUCGUACAAACACGCUGUCUUGUGGCGGCAUCUCUGCAUAUCUGCCCAAGUCGUCUCUGCAUUGAGUCCGUCAUUGGUCUCUCUUCUUUUGUUGUGCCAGUGAAGCGGAACAACUGGAUUCCAAAGACAUUCUACUCUUUGCUUGGUCCGCUUUUUUUCUCUCCUCUUCUUACAGGCGCCUUUCAUAUCUUUAAGAAACCAAAGUCCUGGUUCAAACAGCAUGUGCUGCUGAUGUGAUUAUUUACAUGGUGGUCUGUAUGUGGAGCCUGCAGACAAAAGCGAAAAAUUCAAGCAUGCUCAGGUCUGGGCAAAAUUUGUUUUACUGAUCACAUUUUAAAAAAAUUUCCGGCUGACAGCAAAGUAAUCUUGACUUUCUGAGCUUACUUGUAUGCGCCUGGUAGCUGAAUUACUAUGACACCUGCUGUUUGAGGUAAAGGGUUCUCACAUCAAUUAAAGACACGCUUUGUUGGAAGUCACUUCUUCACAUUUCUCAUUUCUCUCCUGCUGUUCAUAUGGAAAGCGGGGUAUAGACUAAAGUACAAAGAUAUUUACAAGCAAUCGAAGAACUGCUAUGUCCCGGCGGUUCUAUCCAACAUGCCGAAACCGGAAGUCGUGUCGGCUCACAAGUGGCGCAGCUUCCGUUUCUUUAUUCGUUGCAUCCGGCACUUUUCUUUCAUAGCUCACUCGGGUAACAUGGAAAACUCUGUGCCGAGCUCAGCGACCGAGCGACCCCGCCUAGUAACUUCCUGGCCCGCCUCCAAACACGAGGUGCGGGCGGGUUCUGCCUCGAUGUACGGACGAGUUUGUUUUUAUCAAACGACCUUCAGAACAACAUUUUCAGCGCAGACGGGUGGUAGCGUACAAGGUCAUGUGUUGAUGUCUGGUUUUAUUUUUAUGCGAUAUUUUUGUGCGUGUGUGCGUAUGUCUUCCACCUGUGUUUCCUUCGUUUUUCAAGGCCUUUUUACGUGGCACCUCAUAAUAAACAUUGGUGCAGUCGUCUUGGAUGCAAGCAUUCUGAGUCUGCGAGUUUCACGUAAAAGGGACAUGACAGCUUACUUCACUUGUCAUAUCACACUGACUAAACUGCCUAACACUAAUCGUGGUCAUUUAGAUAUCAACAUAACUUAUCUAAAGCGCUUAAAUUUAUGCUUACUAAGCAAGACUAAAGUGAAAGUGCGCACUUAGACGAGAAUACGAUCACACAUUGAAGUGUGCAAGAAACAAUAGCGCAUGUCAUCCGUGAUUAUUAAGUAAUGUCCUGUACUUCUUUAAAAACAAUGCUACUUAUUGCUGGCAAUCGUUGUGAUUAGGCUGUCUUUACGUAGUAACCUUUGCUGGUUCUAGUUGGUCUACGCUUUCUCGCAAAAGCCAUUGAAGCUCUCUCAAUCAUACACCAAAAUUGAUACGGUUAUAGCUCAAGACCGAAAAACGGGAAGUAUCAGGUUUCACGAUGUUCUUGACAAACUACACCGCGGUUCUAUAGAUAAGCUCCGGAACUAGUUCCAAAUAUGGACACGCUGUCGUAUUCUUCGGUCAUUGUAUGCCCCCCCCCCCCCCCAAAAAAAAAAAAAAGUUAUUCUAGUAUGGUGCCACGAGUCGAUAUUUGCCCAUUUCACUGUUUGCUAUUUGGAGCACUGCGACCAACGACGCAACUUUUCAUGGUUGGACGUAUCAUACGCUGCCACCCUGGCCAAAAUUUCCUUUGAGCUAACUUGAUCCAUCAUUGCUGCUUUCUUUUUUUUUUCACGUGUAGGAGCUUAGCGUAUUUUGCUGAACUGCUUGUGUUAGGUUGUUGAAUACUAGUUAGCAGCUGUCUUCUUCACUUGAUCAUUACUUCUGAAGGGAUCGACGCGAAAAAUAGUGUUUUCCUCUGUACGCAGCUAAGUGAUCUGUGCGAAUCACUUUAAUUGCACUGUAAAGAAAGCGUUCCCCAUGCCGUGAAGAGAACUUUAAGAGAACUGGCGUUUGUGCAACUUCUCUUCUACUUUCCUUUGCUCAUUUUCAAACAACAGACAUUAUUUCAGAAAAAGAAAAUGUUCGCUGUUACAAAUAGCGUUUACUGUUCGUGAUUUCCAUCUUAGCAGACCCUUUAUGCCGCUUUGUUAUUGCCUAAAUGUUGUAUUCCCAACUCCAACAUGAAACUCAUCACUUCAUCAUCACAGAAUAGAGUCAUCAUCACUUAUUGAAUAUGCUGCCUUUAGACCUGUUUACUGAUUCUCUUCGACCUGUGUUCGUUCUUUGUUCAGUGCCAGUGUGCAGUUGAUGCAUAUGAAUGUGUCCCCGUAACCAGCGCGUCUUACAAGAUUGUACUUGAAUGCUUGUAUGGAUGAGGUGCUCUCGUCAGUGCGUUAACAGUCAUGUUUUGUUUGCUUUAAACCACGGCAUGUUUUCUAGUAUACACGUUUUCUAAAUGCUGUAGACUUCAUGCUUACUAAUGUGCUGCAUAAUACCAGCUCUUGAGUAAGAAAUUUGGUUAGCAUAUACGACUAUUUCUAAUGCCCACACUAACAGCAAAACACCUAUAAUGUAUGAAACCCAUUAGUAAGUUCCACUUUAUGAACAUGACUUGCAAGUGACAUUUUCCGCCGUGCGAGUGUCUUCUCAGUGACGACGAAAUCAGUAGCGACAUCGCGUUAUCUAGAUAGCGUUGCCCACAUGUACACAACUAUGUCAUGAUAUUUCUGCCAUCUUUAACAUUGAGUUUUUUCUUGCUGAACACGUUUGUACUAUGUACUAUAGUUUGCGAUUAACUUUAAGCGAAUCUACAGACGACGUACGAACCCUCAAGUCUCCACAAGAAUAAAACUAUUUUCGCAGAAUUUACAAAAAUUUGAUAAUUCGUAUUUACAUUUCACAAUGUCACUUAGCGUUAGGUUACGUUCAACUACUGCUUUUUGCAGGACAAGAACUAUCUUUUUUCUUUUUACUUGUUUUGUCUCGACAACUUCCUUAAAUAUGUAGUCAUCAAAGUACCAUGUUUUAUCUCAGCGAUUCAUCCGCCUUGGUUUUCUUGUGUUUUGGUGUUUCUUUUGUGGCAUAGUUUUAGUAACAUGAUUCUGUACACAAUGGGAAAUUAAAUCAUUCACUGAAUUAAACAAUAAAAAGCUGUUUGUUUUGUUC